AUGGUUGCGAUAGCCUUUAAUCAAGAAGUACAAACUCAAUCUCUAGAAGAAUUAGAACUAAAAUAUGAAGAUGAAAGGAACUCUAUGAUAGCAAUGAUCGAAACAGACGAGAUAAUUUAUGAUGAAUUUUAUGAUGAAGUGGAUAAUCGAAUUAAAUUUGAAAAUUCAAUGGAUAUGAUAUUUUUUGGUCCAUCAAGUUCUUUCAUGAGACUGGACGCAGAAUCAAUACUGCAUAUAUUGACAAAUACAAAGAAACAUUUAAUACCAAUAUCUAGAGCUCUGUUAGCCUGGGAUAUUAUAACUGAUGGAAAAACUGCAGCAUUUCUUCAGGGUAGAGAGUUUUUAGCUUUUGGCAGUCUUUUAAAUGUUAUCCCAGAAGAAGAUUUGUACUAUGUAAACUUUGGGGAUCCAUCAGUUUUCAAAUAUUUUGCUAACCAAUAUGUUGCUUUAAACAAUCGCAAAUUUGGAAUUUUAGCUGCUGCUUAUAGGCGAUAUUAUGGUAAUGACUGGUAUACAAGUAGCGCUCAGAUCAAUGAGUUAGGCUACUUGCUGUGUGCUUUUCCCUCAAAUGAUCUAAAAAGAAUAGCACCUGUUACUUUUAAAGAACUUACUUUUGAUGUGUUGGGUAAACUUGAUAGAUGUAGUGUGGAGCAGACAAAGACGCUUUAUGACAUUGCUACGCAACCUAAUGCUUAUGGAGAACCCUACAAAUGGUCCUCCCAUGAAAUCGGACGUCUUAAUACAUUGUUCAUUUGUAUACCUAAACAGCAGAUUAGCUCAAUAGAAUUAGAAGCUGUCACAGCGAUUAGUCCCAAUGUCAUGAAACUUAUGAAUCAGAAGAAGUUAGAAUUCUUUACAAAACAACAGAUAUUAAAAAUGAAUGUUAAAACUCGACGUAUUUAUAUCUUACGUAUUCAACUUAAAAACAGUUUAGAUCCCCGACAGAUUUCCAGAAAAAGUUACGAAGAUUUAAAAUCAAAAAAUAAUACAUCUUAUACACUUACACAAAUUAAUGGUCAAAGAAUCUAUAGGAAGGCUCCACAUGCUUGGAGCGGUCCAGAACCAUCGAGGAAUUGUGAGGUAUUUAUCGGACGCAUUCCUCACGAUUGCUUCGAAGACACACUAGUGCCUCUUUUUAGACAGGCGGGCGAAUUAUUUGAAUUUCGUCUCAUGAUUAAUUUUUCUGGUUGGAAUAGAGGGUACGCAUUUGCAAUGUAUACGACCGAGGCAGAAGCGGGUAACGCUAUUCGCCUAUUCAACAACUACAUGAUAAGGCCGUCUUGGCAAUUAGGUGUAUGCCCUUCGAUCAACAACUGCCGUAUAUUUAUAUCGAGGAUACCACCAACCACGCCGUCGGCGGAAAUUGUGCGUCUUCUGUACGCAUUAACCGAUGAGGUGCAAGAGGUUCGCAUAAGACGUGGCGCGGCGUCAUGCGCGGCCAUAGUUGAGUACAAGUCGCACCGUGGCGCGGCCAUGGCGAGGAAGGCGUUGGUGGCGGCGGCCGCGGCGGCCUGGGGCUCCGAUGCCAGGCCCGCUGUGGAUUGGUCUAUGCCCCAGUCUCCACAGCUACUGCGACAGUAUAGAGAGGUAGGCCGCUGGUCGCCCGAGCGCGGCGUGGAGCUGACGCGCGCGGAGGAGGAGCCUGCGGGCGCCGGCGCCGCGCCCGCGCCCGCCCGCGCCGCCUCGUACUCGCUGGAGCGCUGGUCGCAAGCGCGCCGCCUGCGCAUGAUACACGAGGCGCAGCGCGGCGCCGCGCGACCGCCCCAACCUCAGGACUGGAGCAGGCAGUUAUACGGCGUGGAGUCACUUCUCUCGUCGAUGUCGUCACUCAACCUGUCAGGGCUGCCCAACGUGUGGACGCCGCCGCCCGCCGCGCCCUCGACGCCGCGCGGGCCCGACUUCAACCCCUGGACCACGCGCCACCCCCUUGGCGAGUUCAUGAGGCCCCAG